AUUUAAACGAAUCAAAAUUGUUUGUAAAAAAUGUGUACUCCGUUUCGUGGUUUUACUUUACUUCGAGGUUUACAGCGAAGAAUGCAAAGCAACGAGUCUUGGAUGAAGCUAAUUGAAGCCCACGAAAAGGAAUACUUCACAAAGAAACGCGUUCAGUUCUUGGAUUAUGUUAAAGCGGAAGUGGCAAAAGGGAGAACGAUUGAAGAUUUGAGCGCGGAAUUGGAACGAGAGCAUGGGCAGUCUCAGAGCAGUAGUCUGAAGUUGUCUCUCAAGGAAGAAGAUUGCUACGUCACCAAGAAUAAAGAGUUUAUGACUUAUGCGGCUAAUGAAUUGAAGAAUGGCAAACUAUUGGAUGAUCUAAUUACGGAGACCAAGGAGAGGAUCGACAAUGUUGCGAGAUAAAUUGUAGAAACGAUUUAUGAAUAAAUUGUUGACUUUUCUGUGCGUGGUAGCUAAUCUGCUUUCCAAUCUCUUCGGUCAACCAGCUAUUGAAUUUAGUUUAGCUCAUUAAAAUCAAAGCAAACUAUGCCAGAGGGGUCCAAUCUAGUAUGUACGUAAAAUUUGAAUAGAAAUGUCAUUAAACAUGUUUCGAAAUACAAAAUUCUUGUGUAACCACUUACAAAUUUCGAGAUUUAGGACCUCCGCGAUGGCACGAGAUGAGACGUCGGGUAAAAACGAAGAUGAACAAGCAUUUUUACAGCGCUUAAAGACGAUUUUAUACGGCGAGAACAGCACCAGCAACGUACCAGCGAAAGAAGACGUCGAUGAAACGGAAGUUGACCACGAGGACGAACCAAAAUCUUAAAAUGUACUUCAAAAUUGAAAUAAAUCAAGUUUGCUCUA